GUCGCUGUGCACGCUGCUGGAGGAGCUUCACAGCGAUGUGUCGAGGACUUUAAACACACCGUGUCAUACAGUGGUGGAAGGAGGGAGACCGCGCCGUGCUGGAUCCUAUACGUUACCGCAACACUUCUGAUGCAAUGAGUCCAACCUGACCCAAUGCGUCUGACGACUCACUUUCAGCGCGCGAUGCUCUGACAGACGAGUGUUUAUAUGGAGACACCCUAAAAAAACUGUCAACCGGGAAAUGGUAACACAUGAACCUCCUCACUGGAAGGAACAUGGUUGAGAGGAGCAGUAAAUUUCUGUUCAUCGUUGUCGGCUCGGUUCUGUUCAUGCUGAUUUUGUAUCAGUACGUGGCUCCGGGGAUGAUGAACUUCGGCUCUCCGCACGGCUACAUGCUGGAAGACGAUGCGGAUCUCUUCCCGACUCCUGAUCCCCAUUACGUCAAGAAAUACUAUUUCCCCAUCAGGGAUCUGGAGCGGACCGUGGAUUUUGAAAUCAAGGGGGAUGAUGUGAUCGUGUUCCUCCACAUCCAGAAGACCGGCGGGACCACGUUCGGGAGGCACCUGGUCCAGAACGUCAGGCUGGAGGUUCCGUGCGACUGUAGACCGGGACAGAAGAAGUGUACCUGUUACCGACCCAAUAGGAAAGAGACAUGGCUCUUCUCGCGGUUCUCCACCGGUUGGAGUUGUGGCUUACACGCGGACUGGACCGAACUGACCAACUGCGUACCGGGGGUUUUGAACAAAAAGGAGAGCAGGAUGAAAAACCAAAGGAAGUUCUACUACAUCACACUCUUACGGGACCCCGUGUCCCGCUACCUGAGCGAGUGGAGACACGUCCAGCGUGGGGCCACAUGGAAAACCUCCCUGCACAUGUGCGAUGGAAGAACACCUACGCCGGAGGAGUUGCCCGCCUGCUACGAGGGCACUGACUGGUCAGGGUGCACGUUACAGCAGUUCAUGGACUGUCCAUACAACCUGGCGAAUAACCGACAGGUGCGCAUGCUGGCCGACCUCAGCCUGGUGGGCUGCUACAACAUGUCCUUCAUCCCGGAGAAGAAGCGGGCGCAGGUGCUACUCGAGUCGGCCAAGAAGAAUCUACGAGACAUGGCCUUCUUCGGCUUGACAGAGUUCCAGCGGAAAACGCAGUACUUGUUUGAACGGACCUUCCACCUCAAGUUCAUCCGGCCCUUCAUGCAGUAUAACAGCACACGGGCUGCCGGUGUGGACCUCGAUAAUGACACGAUACAGCGGAUCGAGGAGCUCAACGACCUAGACAUGCAGUUGUACGACUACGCCAGGGAUCUUUUCCAGCAGCGCUACAUGUACAAGCGGCAACUGGAGCGAAGAGAGCAGCGACUAAGGAACCAGCCUCUUUUUCCCUUUCGGCGGACGCCCAGUUCCGAUUCUGCUUUCAGGGAUGAUGCGUCAGAGUCCGAGGCGUCCCGAUUGCCCACGGAGGACUAUAUGAAUCACAUCAUCAACCGCUGGUAGCAGUGCUGGGGGGAGGGAGACGGAAAAUUAAAGGUUGACGAGGAGGAAAAGGCUGUGAUCUCCAAGUCAAAUCAAGCAGGCGAACGAGAAUGAGAUGGAACUUUAAAGCGCCACCAUUAAAAUACGGCCCUCCCCCCUUCUGUGCUCUGUGGAAUCGAUAGUCCAAGUCGAAUUCCAAAUGCAGGACAGAUGGCGCACUCUUGGUCGAUAGCGUGAAGACUUUGCACGCCAGGUCAGAAAUGUAACUUACUUAAAGCACUGAACUUAAAACUUAGGUGAAGACUUCCACGGAAGGAAAAGAAAGAUACAAAAAAACAUACAUAAAAAUUAUCGGAAUUAUAUUCACUGCAGAUUUUAAAAAAGAAUGACCGAAUGAAAUUGUACAGAGGUAUUUGCUUCAAUGUCUGCUGCCAUUUCAGCCAUGACUUUGUGACGAUAACGGUCUGUCUCUUUAUUUUUUAGUUUGUUAUGGUCUUAUUAUUUUCAAACGGGAUUUUUGUCGUCCCGCAAAGAGGUAAAACUCACAGCACUGAGACCAACAGAGCUGCCUAACACUUAUUGGAUGCAAUUUAUUAGCUUUUAUUCAUAAUCAGUGAUGACUUGAAGAGGUCUGUUCUAUUGUCCUAUUUGUGUGUGUGUGCAUUUGCACGUCGGUUGCAAAUUUCGAUGGAUGGACAGACAACGCGUGGACCAUAGCCAUUAUUUAAGCUUUCAGCAUACUUUACGAGAAAAUCCCGUGAGCUAAGUGUACUAAUAUAACUUUACCGAAUGUGAGAGGUGGUUUGUUCGUCCAAUCUGAGAGAUGUCUUACGUGAUGUUAAUGGCAAAUUCUGGGUUGUUGUCAGCACACAAUCCUGGCCAUUUCUUGGUAGCUGAGUCGUGGCUCUUGUCUCACAUCUAAAGGGAAGCUGGUGGAGAUCCAAAGAGGAAACUGUGUCUUAUUUUACACUUAAUAAGGAUGGGCUCUGCGUUUCUGAGCGAAGUUGUGCUCUCUAAAUGCGAUUGACUCGAUAAUGAUGCCUGUGUGUCAAUCAAUAACAGGAGCAUCCCAGAGCCUGUCUGUGUGUGUUUGUGUGUCUGUGUGUGUGUCUGUGUGGGGAAAAGAAAGAGCUCAAGAAACGCAAGAGUAGGAGGAAGAAGCAAACGCAGCCUUUAUAAAUGUCACCACCAUUCCCAAUUCCCAGAGACUACUCAUUAUUCAGUAUGCGGGUGCAUGGGAGAUGACUGUGUGUUUGAGAUUUUAAGCAUUCUAUUAAGGAUGACUGUUUUAAGUAUGCAAGCAUAUUUGAAUGUUGUUGUUUUUUUUUCUUUAUAGACGUGUGUGUUUCAUGACCAAUCUCUUGCCAUGGUCCUCAGGGACUGAAGCUAUUGUCAGUAAGGGGACAAGAAUUAUGUCAAAUGUCUCCCUUAUGCAAACCUCUGUUAACUUUGGGUUGUUUGUUAAAGGAAUAGUUCACAUUGCGAAAUGAAAAUUCUGACAUUAUUUACUCAACUUUUAUGACCACAAAAAAACUAAAUAUUUCGUAUAAUGCUUUCCAUUCAAUGAAGUUGAAGUGGAAAAACAGCAUAAAAGUAGUAUUGUGUUAUGAAAUGGAUUCUCAUUAUCGUUUGCUGUGUAUUCAAAUGUAAAGGGUUGGUUUAACCCUAAAUUAGUUUUUUUUAUUAUUUACUCACCCUCAUGUCAUUCCAAAGACUUUCGUUCAUCUUCAGUACACAAAGGAAGACAAGAUCAUGAAAUCAAAAAGAUUUCUUUACAUUCUGAAGAAGUCUGUAUGAUAGGGUUGUCAAAAGUAUCAAGUUCGGUACCAAUUGGUACUGAAAUUUUAAAAACAUCCAUUUCCUGCUAACAUUUGAGCGCUGUUGAGCACGUUCUUAAAUGGCACUGAUUGGCCAUUGUGUUCAGGUGCUCAACAUGCUAGGCUGUAAAAUGACUGUGAGCACAUUGGCCAA